UGUUAAGGUUAAAAAUAUUUAUAAAUCUAAGCGGUGUAUACAGUGGUAUAGAGGGUAUAGAGUUUAACCAUUUAUACUAUUAUUUUUGGAUUGUGAACGUACAUUAGGAAGUUUGGGGUAUUUAGUUUGAACUUUACCUUUGAAGAGCAAAUAUUUUGUGAAAUUGAAUUCAGUAGCGUGACCCGCAUUGUGCCCCGCAUUGAUAAAUGGAAAACAGAUUUUGAUUUGUGAUAGUUUUUAUCUUAUUUAGUUAAAAGUGUGAGCAACUGUUAGCGGAAUUAUAUUAGAAAUUCUGAAUAAUAUAUUUUCAAAGGAUUUUUUUGUUCACGUUUGUGCCCAGAUCAAUGGUCACUUAAGCAGUAAAUUUUGAUCAACCCUCGUACUAUGAAGAAGUACCUACAAUACAACGCGUCACAAUUUGCUAGUCAACCCUCGGACGCAGGAAUCCAGGCGCAACGGCUACGGACACCGGAAGUUCCGCGCCAUGACGUUCUGGACCUCUCAGGACGUCUGGAAAGGAAUGGCGUUGCCGUGGAGACGAACCGGAUGUGGGGUGGUGACCAAGAGUCUGCCCUAGACUUAAGCGGUUAUGGGCGGAAUCAGGAGGAGGCAUUGGAUCUUAGUAAGCCCAGUCCCCCGGCAAGCCACCCAAAACAACUUAUACAACCUGCGCACCAAUCAGGACGCUCGUUACAACCUUCGCCAGCAUCCACCCCAUCGAGGUCGCCGGCUAGCCAACCGUAUAGCUUGUUACAAGCUGCGCUUAAUUCCAGCCAACCUAACGCGGGCUUACUUGAUCGAAAUGGUCAACCAUUGUUCACCGGUCUUCCCUUGGGGGAUAUCAGCCGAGGGAUCAAGCCAUUUGUCGGCAUCCCUUCCUUACCCCAUGGAUUCAGCCUGCCCCAUAUGGCUACAAGUAGCGGCACAGUGAUACAUGGCGGUCACAAGCCUAUUGCGAUCACCACACCGCAACCUCACAAUCCACCUGUGAACACCAAAAGUCAGAGCGUUAGCGACACAACUGUCAGCGUAACUGACGCUAACCAAUCUAUUUCCAGCACUAGUAACCAAGGUUACGCUGUGAGCCAAUCAAAUUACAGCAAUGCAUUUAAGAGGCAGGCUAAUGCUGGGAGUAUGGGCUUAGAAAAAGGGAUGAAAGGUGCUACUGAUUUUAUCAAAGGAAAGGAGCAUUUUCAAGAGAGAUAUAUGCUUCAGAAUUCAGAUAAUUAUCCAGUUCACAUGAUUGGACAACAGAAUGUCGUCCAUCCAGAAAUACUAAACGGAUUUGCCUGCACUCAGUGUAUAAAGACUUUUAAAACCAAAGCAGCAAUGAAGCUUCAUAUGACUGUACAUAAAACUGUUGAAGAGAGACAAUAUGGUUGCCAAGUUUGCGGCCGAAGGUUUCUACAUCGGCAUCACCUUGUGGUGCAUCAAAGAAAACAUACCGGUGAAAAACCGUUUGAGUGUCGAGCGUGUAACAAGACUUUUAUGGCAAUUUUUCUGCUACACAAGCAUUUGAGGAAGCAUACACGAGAAACUGGUCCAGUUAGUGAAAUAUCUAUUGAACAACUAAAACAGCUACAGGAACAGAAAUUGAUUAACCCAGGACCGCAGCCAUUGACCUACAAAAAUGUUCCACCAUUGGCUAUGAGAAAUAGUGACGAACUUGUGAUUUUAUCUGACGGUGAAAAUGCAAGCUCAGAUUCGAAAGUUAAAGAGCGGUUAACAAGUGAGAUUCCUGUAUCAAAAAUGUCCACACCCCAAAUUGAUUUAUUAACAGACACAGACAAAGAUCCCAAUGGAAUUGUUCAGAAGAUUCUCAGUGAAGCAGUUGCAGAAAUCGAGUCUGAAAAAGCAGCAAAGAAACUCCAGCGUAAAAAGUUAACGAAUGAAAAGAAACAAGAAAAUGUGGUUAAACCUAUGAAAUCAUUCGCUGAUAAAACCAAUAAAUUACCAUUGCAAGAAGAAAUAACCAUUAAAAAAGAAAUUGAUACAACUGUUGAUGGUAAAGAAACUGUCAUAGAUACUGAAGGUAAAGCUGAACCAGUUGAGAAAAAAGGUAAUCCUUUUCCAGCUUAUUGUUCUGAUGAUGAAGUUGAGCUUGAUGUUCACACUGGUGAACUGAAAGUGGUAGGAAAGAAAAUAAAACAGGAAAUUGUAGAUGAUAAUGAUAUCGGUGAACCUUGGCCCGAUUUAAUUGAUGAUGACGAGGAAGACCUUCCUGAAAAGAGUGAUGCAGUUCAAGACAUUGGCACUGCUAUAAAGGCAGAUACAGAUCAAGUUAACGAUAACAUGGGCACUGAUGUUAAGGAAGAGAAAGAUUUUCCUACUAAAGACCAACUAGAAAGUUGUGAAACUGAACUCGCUAUUGUUGCUGAUAAAGAUAAAGAGAAGGACACAGCUAUUAAAACUGAGACUUGUGAUGAAUUUGACGAAACUCUAGCUUUUGAGAUUACAGCUGUUAGAGGGGGUGUGGAUGUUAAGGAAGAAAAUAAAAAUUUUGAUAUUGUAACAGAGGAAAGAAAAGAGACAAUCUCAGAAGAGAUCACUGGGGAUACACCUCUGGUGAAUAAAUUAGACCAAGAUGUUAAAAUAGUGCUAAAUGAUAUACAAUUGCCAAAAUAUGAAAUGGACAAUAUUGAUAUGCCGGAACUAGAACACGUUACUGUAGAGAUAUCCGAAACUGCUUCCAUAUCAAGGAGAAGCAGCCAAGACAAUAUCUUUGAAAAGAUGUAUGAACAAGUUAAUGAAAUGAGAACUAUGCCUGAUUUAAAUAUGCGAAAUAGGAAAGGAAAAAAGAAAGGAAGAAAAGUUAAAUGUGAAAUUUGUUCAAGAACAUUCCAUUCCAACCAUUAUUUGCUUUUGCACAUGGCUGUUCACAAGAGAAAUCCAAUGUUGCAAUCUUUGAAGAAAGCUAAGGCAAAUCAAAUGAAAGCAUUAGGUUUCUUGAAUAAAAUCAAUGUUGCAUGCGAAAUUUGCAAUAAAGUGUUCAAAUUUCAGAAAAGUUUAAAUUCACACAUGAGAGUUCAUAGUGAAAAACUGAUCGAAAGAAAAUUGUAUAGAAAAGCUUUCAGAGACUUUGUCUCUGGAAAACCAUCAAAUAACAAAACUGCAGCAAAGAAAGAAGCUAGAGUGAAAUCAUUUUGUGACACAAAGAAGGAUAGCACAGUAGAGAAAUCUAAACCUCACAUAGAAAAAUCACAAAGCUUGACUGAAAUUGAGCUUGAAAAACUUGAUGAUAAGAUAGAAGAUGAGCCACCUAUUAGAGUUGUAGUUGGUGAAGACGCAGUGAAAAGGUACAUGUGUCAUGCUUGUGAUAAUACAUAUACUACUAAACAAAAGUUACGCUACCAUGCCUUGAUACAUAAAGACAGUUGCUUCCUCUGUGAUCUGUGUGGGAAAUCAUUCUUCAGGCAAAUAACACUUGAUAAACACAUUGCUACUCAUAAACUUCCACGUCCAUACAUUUGUGAGGUGUGUAAAAAGUCAUUCAUCCACCGCAGCAGUCUAAUGCGACAUAAAUCAGCUCAUAUGAAACCUUCCCCACCUGAUCCGAAGCAACUUGAAGAGGACCUACACUUUCAGUUGAAAAUGAAGGACACUUACUCUAUGCUACGCGAUGAACAAUUACGCAAACAAACUUUAAAAUCAUCAGAUAGUGCUACUCCUUUUGCCAGCGGUGUCAAGUUCAAUGCUCUUGAUUUGACUGUUAAAAUUAAACCAGAGGAACAAUGGCUACCCCCUGUGCUUUCACCAGCAAAUAUCCCUAACACAUCACAGGCAAACUCUUGCAAUUUGAGUCCACCGUUAAUCACAGACGUGUCUGCAAUGGAUGAGAGUUAUGAUAGCAUCACAGAUUUGAAAAUCACCAAGGACAGACUUGACUUGAUACAAAAAGCAAAACAGGCUGUGAAACGUAAGCCAAGAACUGAAUCAGGUUGUAGCGAAAGUGACGUGUUGUCAAGUGAUGGCACUCCUGUUGGUGGAAAGAAGUCCAGGAAAACUCGCGUGUACCAAACUUCAUGUCGAGUUUGCAAAGAAGUAUUUCCUAAUGUCAUGUUGCUGAAAUCUCACAUGGUUAUUCACAACACUGUAGAGACACACUUGUACGAGUGUCACAUCUGUCAGCACAGGUUUACACAGAGUUGCAGCUUGCUUCGACACCUGAAAACGAGCUGUCAAGAAAAUCGCAUGAAAUGUGAGCCCUGUAACAAAACAUUCCAUCGCCGGAACACUUUUGAACAACACAUGAAACUACACCAAGGAGGAACUGCUAAUCUAGAUGGUAGCUUUUAUGACAAACGAAGAGAUGAAGCAGAAGUGAGAGAAGAGAGGGAAAGUGACAUUGAAAAUAAUAACAGUUCAAAAGUUCAAGAACCAGUUAUCACCCCUUUGACUGUAGAAAAUGUAACUUUGUUUGAUCAAGCCAACAAUCAACUGAUGAAAGACAUUAAAGCUGACAAUGAUGGUAAUGAUACCGAUUCGGAUGCUAGGACUUAUCUUUAUUCGGAAGGUGAAGUGCAUUCCCCUAGGUCUGAACCGACUGGCUCAGAAAAUGAAGCGAGAAAGGUGUACAAUGUUCCACAAGAUUUAACAAAAAAUAACAUGACAUUGAAUCUUCUCAGUGCUGUUUGUAGUGACAUCAUGAACGCGGAGAAAGAAGAGGAAGCGAAACGUAAAGAACUUGAAGAGAAACAAAAGGAACUUGAAACUAUUGAAAUUCUUGCAAAUUUUAAAAGAGGAAUGCGACAAAAGUCGUCUGAUUUCGAAAUGCCAUCAACUAGUAAAGACGACCCACUGUCUAAUACUAUCAAACUGCCAUCACAGUUGGUCAAGUCAGAUUACUUGACGUCUCAACUAGCAAAAUCAUCAGAACUUGCUCUACCUGUUGCAGUACCAUCAGAAGCAGUGAAAGCUGAUGCUAGAGUCGAUGCUAUCAGACCAUCACCUAAAAUCGAACCUUCCAUCUCUAGACCAACGCAUUCGGAAUCCAAUCAAACACAAGAAAACUUGAGACGUUCAACUCCAAAAAGUAUGUCAAGUUCAGAAGACUGUAAGAUAUUUGGAUCGUCACCCCCACCUUAUCAUCCACUUAUGGCCCACCCCAAUUUUUUCAGAAUGAAGUCACCCCCGCCUCCAUUGUUUCAUCCACAGUCAAACAUUAACACAAUCAUUGACGCUGCAUUAGCUCAGGCUGUAAAAGAACCAUCAAUACCUACUGUGGUAAACGAAUCGCCAUCUCAUGAACCACCCAACCAACAAGGCCUUGCAACAUCGGUACAUUCAGCUAAUCUACAGAAAAUGCAACCUUUAAACCAUCCAGCUUUUCCUCCACCAAUACCAUUUCGGAGCAGAGAUGUAUCCCUUUUGCAAGAUUUGAGCAAACUGCAAUACCCAGCAAUUCAGGAAAGAUUAAACUUGUUGAUGAAAGCUCAGUCUACCCAUGCGGUACCCAUAUCAGCUGGUGCACCAGUCUCAUCAGCCCACGCCAGCCACUCGACUACUCGGGCGAAAGCCCCGGAGAGACACUCAGCUGAGAAACAAACCGUACCCUCACCUAUUGAGCGGAACAGCCUACACUUUCAGUAUAACAAUGAUGCUCCACAGGACCUUACAGUUAAAAGGCCAAAUAAAAGUAUUGAGAAACUGCUAAGAGACACGGAAAAGUAUGAUACACCGAAAGCAAUAUCAUCAAGAUCAGUCUCGUAUGAUAAUGAUCGAAGGAUCAAUAAACAUAGACCAGAAUUUGAACCAUUUCCAAUGUCAAAGGCCGAAAUCGAGCACUUUCUAAGAACAAAAGCAGAACUUGAGGCCAAAUUUGGGGUUAUACCUACCUAUGACCAUAGAGGUCGUCCGGGGAGUGCUCCAAUACCGCCGCCCUUGGUGAAUGUUUUCAAAUGUGAACUAUGUAACAAGGUCAUUUACAACAAGCUGGAUCAUCAGUUACACAUGGUUGAGCAUGCGAAGGCAUCGGGACUUGGCGUUCUCUCCGGGUACCACGGGAAAAAGACAUCUCCGCUGCAUCAAGACGGCUCUCUGGAUACUCCCAUCGAUUUCACCAAGCCAGUAGAUCACUCGACACCAAAGCAAAGGAAGCUUCACCCACCAGCAUCCUUAGAAUUGUCCAAAAACAACAAAUCAGACGACACGUCUAUGAAGCAUGUGACUGGUUCCCAAUCCGACCUCAAUUCAACUGGUUCCCAGCACGGUAAGGGAGAUCAUCUCUCAACGAGCAGGACGCCAGACAGAUUAUCUCCCUUGGGCGGAAGUGAAGUCGGCGACAACGCGUCAUCCCCUCUUACACCAUCGGGGUCCAGCAACUUGGACGCGCAGUUGCGACAAGAGCUUCGUCUGAAGAUCUAUGCACGCCGACGAUCUCAAGGUCUGGACGACCUAAGAGUGGAAUUUAAGUCCCCAGAACCUACUGAGUUGACGGAAGAUGAACGUUUAAAGCUGUUGUAUCGGCGGGAGUGUAAUCGUCAAGCGGCACAGCGCAGUCGGAUGCGGAAGAAAGACCUUGUGGACAGUUUACUCGAGGAGCUUCGAAGCGAGGAAUGUAUUCAGGAUGGUCUUCAAAAAAAGAUGGACAUUCUCGUUUUGCAGAAAAACACUCUCCUUAAAGUGCUUGAUUCACACAAAUGCGUCAACUCUAAAGGCAAAAACGCCACAGCGACUUUGCCAACUGACAAUGUGACAGCGACGUCACAAUCCUCAAGGACAGCUUCUAUUAUUGAUCAUGUUUUGUCUAAUUGUUCUUCCGCUGUUGAUGAUGCAUCUAAACGCACGAUAUCUGAAUCUCAGGAGUAUGUCCAAUCAAAUCACGGCGAAACAAAUGCCGAAGGCAAUUCAAGGCAUGGAGACAAUUCUGAUGUUGGUGCUUCUGCAAAAUUGUCAAGGAAAAUGAUUGAUGAUCGAGCUUCCUUCGAAAAUUAUAAACUCAAAAAAUUGAAAUUAAUUAACACUGAACAUCUUAAAGAUAUUAAAAAAGAACCCGCUGAUGAAAUUGAUAAUGAAAAUGUCGCCAUGGGAAGUAAUUACACGGGAAUAUCCAAAAUUGGAAAAAAACCUAGUCUUGAUAACACUAGUGACUUUGAAAAUGACGAUGAUUUAUCUGAUAGCGAUUCCGAUAUGUUUGACUCUGAAAUGGAGAACGAUACAAAUAAUAGUUCAAACAAACAAACAUAUGAUGAUAGCGAAAAACUUAAAAAACAAACUAUAGAUGAACAAAUUGAAAUAAUUGUUAACGUUGCUCGUACAAGUAAUGCAUCAGUAAGUCAAAGCGAAGUUUCUCAUUCUCGAAAGUCUCCUGAUUGUGUGGAUGAUCUCUCUGAUAUUAAAGCCAUUGUCUACGAUAUGGUCAAUAAAAUUGCAGUUUGGGACGAUGGCCUUAAUUCAUUAGAUUCCUUUGGACCUCAACUAUGACUGAAAAUUAUUUAUUACUAAUAUCUAAAGAAGUGAUCGUUUUUUUAAAGUCCUAAAAUCGUACCCUAAGACUAAGCAUAAGUUUGCAUUUGCAAUAAGGCCAGCAAAUACAUUCACGGUUACCGGAGUUAUUUAAUCGGUGAAACAUAUUCAAUGUAACUAAACAGUCAAGUAAUUGUGGGUCAAUUGAUAAUGGGAAAUACAAUGUGACUCUUUUACAUCCACACACAUAUAACAACAUAAAGGAAACAUAGCAUGCCAAACAGUCAUAUCAUAUUAUCAGUCUUAUAAGUUUGAACUAUUCCAAUAACCUCUACUACCUUUUUUCUGCUUUUGUGACUUAGCAAGACGGCAGAGCGAAUUCUUACAAUCUGGUCUCGCAUUUGUGGGAUAUGUACCGGUGCUCUGGUCGGUUAAUAUAACAUUAUCUUUCAAAAAAUCACUCAAGUACAACGGGCAUUGCAAAUUGAUAGAACGAUAAAAAUGUCAGUAAUUUGAAUAUCGUAGCCAUUUCUGUUUACAUACUAAAAUACCUUGACAGGAUCGAGAUGCAUGUUUUUCAUUUUUCAAAAAUAUCAGUCAUAAUUUUGUCUGUUUUUUUGUAAAUUCGAUGUGUUUAUUUACAGAGACUAGGAGAAAUGCCAAUCAAAAAUCACAAAGACAGAAAAGACCCGCCCCCAGAAGAGCCAAGCCACACCCAGAAGUUGUAAUUAUCCAAUAAAAACACGCCUCUCAAAUUGACAAGCCACGCCUAGACGUUGUAAUUAUCCUAUUAAAACAUGCAUUUCAGUGCUUCGUAGCGAGAUAAAGGCUUUACAUAUUUUAUAAGAAAUAAACUAUACAGAGAACAUAACAACUAGAAAAAAUAGAGUAAAAUAUUUUCGGUUACAACCAACUUUUAUUUGAUAAAAAAGUUAAUGUUAUAAUUUCCUAAUAAUUGGAAGUAACGCUCAGUAUUCAUUUUGACAUAACAUCAAAUUAAAUAUACCUUAUGAUAAAAAUAUAUACUUCUAAAGGAAAACUGAGACAGACAGUGAUCAGAUAUGACUACUACAUAUAUUAAUUAUAUGACGUUCAUGAUUUUAGUUACAUCUUCAUCUAAUAGGCGUUGUCGUGGCGCCAGUUCCUGCCACCAGUCUAAGUAACCUGUAACCAGUCUAAAAAGUAUAGAAUCUAGCGAUGUCCUCGUGAUUUCUGUUUUCUUCUAAGAACUUUUAAGAAGUUAGCCUUAAAUAUUGCUAUGUUUUAUCGUGUGCUUCCGUUUCGUAGAUUGAGGCAGGCAGUUUAAUACUUAUUUUAAUGUGAAAUAGAGCCACUUAUAUGCUCUUGAAAUGGACAAUGAAGUUACUGGGAAGCUCGAACUAUAUGCCCUGUGUUUAAAGGGUACAUCCCUCUGUUUAAUCGUGCUGACAUUUUUUAUCAUUAACACUGUUGAAGCAACACCAGUUGCAUUGACUCAUUAAUACGUAUAUGUUUAAAAAAGGCAGCAUUUGCAUAAUUCACAUCAUAUUUAGGGGCCAAAACUGUUUUUACCCCAUUUACAUAGGACGUAUCAGCAAUCCGUGUAAAACUGCUUCAUCACAUACUUACAAAAUCAUAUUGUCUGAAAAGUGUAACUCAUAGUUAAAUGACGUAAGCUUUUAAGUGUGUUUGAGCACAAUUGUGAAGGGUUUUCAUGAUGCAGCUAGCUUUUGUCGGGCCAACUUAUUGAAACUAUUGUUCACUGGCGGAGGAUAUGUGAUUGUAUUUGGAAGCUACAUUUUAUGUCUUGCUUUAUGAUUCAUUCAUGAUCUUGUCAUUGCUCAUUUUAUGUAAAUAUUGUAAAUAUAAAAGACAGCUUUUAACAAAAUGUGGGGCUAAUAUCAGAAGGAACUAAGCUGCAUUAAAAUACAGAGAAAAGUUCGGUACCUUCUGGCAUUAGCCCUCGAACAUAUGUGCUAAUACACUUUUAUGAAAGAUAUCCAUUUUUGUGGAAAUUUUAUGUUACUCUGUUAAAACUAUAAUUGUUGUUCAUAUUUAUGUUAAAAUCAUUUUAUUUCUGUUUCGUAUUCUAUUGUUGUACAUCCGUUUUUUUAGAAAUGAAUCAUGUAGGUGCGUUCACUAUAUAUGUGUUAUUGAUAUAUUUUUUGUUGAUGAUAACAUAUUUUGUUACUUCAGUUGUUUAUAACUGAUUUAAGAAAAGCAGCGGUAUAUCACUGCCAAUAAAGUACAGAAAUCUUGAAAA